CGUUUCCUGGAACUGGACUCCGCCUAGUCCGGGAUCAGAUUCACUUUUCAGUUUCCUUUUCCCGCUCGGGUCCUGCGUUUAACAAAGCCCACGCCUGGGCAGCGACCUCGCGCCGCCGACGCCCCGCGGGAAGCGCGCGCCGCCCGCCCGCACUCCCCGCGCACGCGCACACGCCCGCCCGCGCGCGUCCCGCCGCUCGGCCGCUGGGGAUCCCAGUCCUGAGGAGAAAGCCCGAGGGGACAGCCGCCCCUCUCCCCCCUCCCGGACGGCCCGCAGCGCCCAGCCACCAUGAGUGAAAUUCCUAAGGACUCCUUGAAGGCCCUUCUGUUGGAGUUAGAAUGUCACUUUACAUGGAAUUUACUUAAGGAAGACAUUGACCUGUUUGAUGUGGAAGAUACAAUUGGGCAACAGCUUGAAUUUCUUACCACAAAAUCCAGACUCACUCUUUAUAACCUAUUGGCCUAUGUGAAACACCUAAAAGGCCAAAAUCAAGAUGCCCUAGAAUGCUUGGAACAAGCAGAAGAAAUAAUCCGGCGAGAACAUUCAGACAAAGAGGAAAUACGAAGUCUGGUCACUUGGGGAAACUAUGCCUGGGUAUAUUAUCACAUGGACCAGCUCAAAGAAGCUCAGAAGUAUAUAGACAAGAUAGCAAACGUUUGUAAGAAAUUGUCUAGUCCUUCUAACUACAAGUUGGAGCGUCCUGAGAUUGACUGUGAAAAAGGGUGGGCACUCUUGAAAUUUGGAGGAAAGUAUUACCAAAAGGCUAAAGCAGCUUUUGAGAAGGCUUUGGAAGUGGAACCUGACAAUCCAGAAUUUAACAUUGGCUAUGCCAUCACGGUGUAUCGGCUGGAUGAUUCUGACAGAGAGGGGUCUAUAAAGAGCUUUUCUCUGGGUCCUCUGAGGAAAGCUGUUACCCUGAACCCAGAUAACUCCUACAUUAAAGUUUUUCUGGCACUAAAGCUUCAAGAUGUACAUGCAGAAGCUGAAGGGGAAAGGUAUAUUGAAGAAAUCCUGGACCAAAUAUCAUCCCAACCUUAUGUCCUUCGUUAUGCAGCCAAAUUCUACAGGAGAAAAAAUUCCUGGGACAAAGCUCUUGAACUUUUGAAAAAGGCCUUGGAGGUGACACCAACCUCUUCUUUCCUGCAUCACCAGAUGGGACUUUGCUAUAGGGCACAAAUGAUCCAAAUCAAGAAGGCCACGCGCAACAGACCUAAAGGAAAGGAUAAACUAAAAGUUGAUGAGCUAAUUACAUCUGCUAUAUCUCAUUUCAAAGCAGCUGUGGAAAGAGACUCUAUGUUUGCAUUUGCCUACACAGAUCUGGCCAACAUGUAUGCUGAGGGAGGCCAGUAUAGCAAUGCUGAAGACAUUUUCCAGAAAGCCCUUCGUCUGGAGAACAUAACUGAUGAUCACAAACAUCAGAUCCACUAUCACUAUGGCCGCUUUCAGGAAUUUCACCGCAAAUCGGAAAGUACUGCUAUCCACCAUUAUUUAGAAGCCUUAAAGGUCAAAGACCGGUCGUCCUUACGCACCAAAUUGACAAGUGCUCUGAAGAAAUUAGCUAUCAAGAGACUUGGUCACAAUGCUUCAGAUGUGCAGAGUUUAAGUGCCCUAGGGUUUGUUUACAAGCUGGAAGGAGAAAAGAGGCAAGCUGCUGAGUACUAUGAGAGGGCCCAAAAGGUAGAUCCAGAAAACGCAGAAUUCAUUACCGCUCUCUGUGAACUUCGACUUUCUAUUUAAACACAUACUCUAGGAGAUUAGUUAUAAGCUUUUGUCUUCAUUUUGGGUUGUAUUUUUUGUUUAUUAUUUUAAUCCAUUGUUCAUUAUAGAGCCAAUUCUUUUGAAUGAUUAUUAUGUACUAAGCAUUAUGCUAAAUACUAUUUUAUAUACGUAAUGAUGAAUCUUUUUGCUGUUUUCUUCUCUUUUAAAUUCAUAUAAUCCUUUGAGAAACAGAAACAUUUCAGCUCUUAUAACUCUUAAAAAUGGUUUGGUCAUUAUGACUUUAUACCCUUUAUCUUUGUUAUUUAUAAUAAGUUUUUAUUAAAUUUUAUCAAAUUUCCCAUAUUAUUCACACAGUGAGUAUAAUUCUGCAUAAACGCUUGACACCUAGGUCAGGAAUAUUCUUUCAGCAGAAUUAUAUUAGUUAAGCUUUUAACUGUGUAGCUUGCAGAAGAUGAACCCUUCAGUUACAGAUGUUCUCACUUUGAGAACCUGAUAGUCACCUAAAGAAUCCUCUUUGGUGAAAGAAAAAUGUUCAUAAUAAUAAAAAACUUGUUAUCUAUGGUGACUUUAAUAAAAGAAAAAUCUAGAACAGGAAAAAAAAUUUCUUUAAAUACAGAACUAAGGGACCCAUGAGAAAUCACAAGCAUUAUCUCCCAAAAUGUUCAUUAAGUAGCUAGAAAUAGUUGUGAGAAAAAAAAUGAAUGGAAAAUCAUAUCUCAAGUUUCUCUGGUUCUUUUAACUAGAAGAAUGAACUUAAACUAAUCUAGAUGAAAUUAAUUUUAUUCUUUCACAUUAAAAUUGCAGUAUUUUUAGUUUAAAAUCGUUAAGCUUGAAAGCAGACUAAUUGGGAAAUUGGGAGAAAUGAUAGACAAAUGGGUAAAAUAGAUGUUCCUAACAUACAUCCCUAGAUUAACAAGAUUUCAGUGAUUUGGGUUUCGGUCUGGACUGGAUCAUUCUCAUACCCCCAAUUUCUGAUCUUUGGUUCACUAUUUUAGUAUUCUGAAGUUACUUCUGUGAAUCUUUUUCUUUUGUCUAAAGUUUUCAGACUGACAUGUUUUCCUAUAGAUCCUUUCAGUUUUAAUAUCCAUCUUGAAGGGUCACUGCUUAAGGGCGCUUACCCCAGGGGACAUUGUUAAUUGGGAUAUUGCUAAAAGUAGCAUAUCUAAUGUUGCUUCUUUGAUUAUGGACUACACAAUUAUAUUUACCACCACAGUAUUAGUGGAAAGUGUGCCAUGUGAUUUAAUUCUCCAUACCUCUACUGUAGCUCUGAAAACUACUGUAUAUAUGUUUGUGUGUUUUUUACUUUUUGUUACUUUUUAAUUUUUUUUUUCCUGUUAUGGUUUUGAUUAUUAUAAAAGUAAUGAAUUCUCACUGUAAAAUUUCAAACUUAACAGAAGCAUAUGAAUUUAAAAUAAGAGCACUCCCCUCACCCUUCCCUAAUUCUAUGCCCCCAUGGUAAUCUGUUAACAAUUUAAUAUGUAUCCUUCCAGAUAUUUUUUCAAUGCGUAUUCAAACAUACAUCCAUACUACAGUGUAUUUCAUAAAUUAAAUUUUUAAAAAUGCUUGUUUUA